AUGACGACCCGCGCCCAAGCGAUGGGGGCAAGUCCGCACUUGCUCCCAAAUCUCCGCUCCACAGUGAUUCAGAUGGCGACUUUUGUAGAUUCUAAUGGGAAGAUCCACAGCUGUGAACUGUGCCUUAAGUAUCCGGAAACCCCCGAGUGUCUGGAGCAAUGCCCAACCUCCCAGGACCCCCCGAACUCGGGCAGCCCGACCGUGGCGAUAGUUGCGGGUCUGUCCGUUGUUGCUGUGUUAGUGGUGGUGGUGCUGCUAGUGUUAGCCGCCCUGUGGUGGUACAGGAGAAAACACGCCCUUCCUCAUCCUGACCACAAUGCAGAGGCCCCUGUACAGGAACAAGACGACCUCCUGACCAAACCCAAAUACGUGGUCAACCACGCAAAUACACAGACACACGGGUUCGACCCUAAUCUUGGCUGUCGAGACUGUGCCACCUGUGUCAAGUUCGCACAUAACCCCCACUGUGGAGACUGCCUCAGUGCCAGUACUACAAUUACCCUGCCCUUUGGGAAGGAAAUAAAAGGGGCCGAGGGCACUGGUGAACUGUUCCAGUGGCAGCUGAUUGCGAUCGGGGUGGCCUGUGGUGUAGUCCUGGUGCUCGCCAUUGCAGUAUUCAUACGUUACACCAGGAGGCGUGACAAGACUCCACGUGCCAUGGAGCACGGCAUCUCUGUUGACUCUCUGACAGGAGAGACCAUGGCUGUGGAGGAGUCGUCAGCAUACACCUCCAGUGAGAUGAGCUCCAGUGGGAGCAGCAUGGCGUCUAUACACCGGGAGACUGUCAUCUGAUGAUAGUACUCACAAUCCCCACUACUUACAGUUUGGCUGCUAUCUCCUCAACUGUGCAGUUGUAUACUACAGGAGACUGUAGUAUUACAAGCUACCUACUUACAGUUUGGCUGCUAUCUUCAACACUGCAUACAAUGUGGGACUAUGCAUGCAUUUUGCAAAAACUGUGAAAA